GACAUCCGAAUUUUUUAUUAUGAAUUUCCAAAGUUUGGGAGUUAUGGAAUUUCAUUUAAAUAAAAAGAAACUGUCCUGAUGCGAUCAGAACCGUUGAGUUAACCACCGCUUAAUCUGCACCGUUGAAAUCCAUUAUAUAAAGGCUGAGAUGGAGUCAACGCACCAGAUUGAUCCAGAAGGAUAGAGAGGAGAUCUCCGCUCUCGACCCGUUUCUGCAACUCGACGAUCCGAAGGCAUGACCCGGACGGAACUCCUCCGUCCGGCCAUGUCUCUGGGGCGGACUAUCGGCGUUCGCUUCGUCUCCUUGGCGCCGACGUUAUUCUGGCAUCGGAUUGUUCAAUCGGCGACGGAAUGCGACGGUACGACCCUCGAAAGCUCUAAAAUUUUCCGGCGAGUUUCGGCAAAUUCCGGCCACCGACUGGGGUGCAUGUGACCAGAGAUAUGAGUUGUGGGCUUCGAAUCACCAGUUCAUCAUCAGCCUAGUCUCGGCAAGGAAUUCUGGGAAGCUGACUCAGUUGCAGUCGAUUCACGAAGGUACUGUGCACUGGAGACAGGAUAGUAGCGGACGGAGCUGGGUGUGCGGAAGCAAGUUCAAUAAACUCUUUUUCAUAACUCAGGUUUCGAGUUUUAUCCCAAAUUCUAUUCCCUGAACUUAAAUUCUAUUCCCUGAACUUUGUUUUAUAGAACUUGUUAGAUGUGACUCUUGUGUCGAACUUUGCUAAACCUUAUUUCGUGAAGUUAGUUAUUCCCUUGUGUGAUUACUCACAUCGAGUUCUGGACGAACAAACUGAUUUAGCGAUUUAAAAAAUUUCACCUCAAAAUUAUUUUUAAGCUCCGCUGUCCGUUUAUAAAAAGAUUUUUCAAACAAAAUGCCUUGCGGUUCUCUAGAAUAUAGAUCGAUAAUUCGGUUUAUGUUUUAGAGAUCGCGGCACUGUGACGUGCUCAAGCUGGAAAUGUGCGGUUUGGGGCAUUACAGUGGUCCGGGGCUUGUUACUGCACGCAUUCGUCUCACACUCUCACCCUCACGGUGGCCCUAGCUACCCACCUCCUCCUCAAUUUCCAUUCCAACCGAGUUACUCACCACCACCACCACCACAUUCCCAAACAAUCAUCAAUGGGUAUGUUUUCCCUCAUCAAUUUCCAUCAACCCAUACUUACCAUUCACCUGAUUCUAACUGAAAUCCCUGGAUCUAUCCAUCGAUUUCACAAAGCCAUUCCUAUGACCCAUCAGUUACCGGUGUUCAUUCUCAGUUCAUCUUCACCCAAGCCAUGACUACACCACCUAUUUACCAUUCUGCUCCUUCACCUCCCGCUUGUGAGCAACCGCAGUACCACAUGAAUCCUUCAAUUCCAACCUUUCAGUCACCCUCAGUCCCCUCUUUUGUGCCUCAACUCCCAUUUACAGAUCCCAAACCUCUUUCUCUGAAUCCCAAGCCCUUUCGACGUUUCAGAAUUAGAGUCACCAUGGCAGCGAAAGCAAGAGUUGCCAAAAAGACCCAAAACCCAUUUAUGCUCCAUGGUGUGGGUAAGUACUCGAGGUCCAAGAUGUACCACAAGCGUGGUUUUUGGGCCAUCAAGGCCAAAAAUGGCGGUACCUUCCCCUGUCACAACUUCAAGGCGGCAGUUGAGAUUAUGGAGGAGCUGGGUGAGCUACGUGUGGGUCUAACAACUCUGAUUGAUACAUCGGAACCACCGGCGGUGCAGUUCGGAACUCUAUCGACUACUAGCAGCACUUCGUCGUCUUCAGUUCCGGUAACCGAACCCACAGACCACUUCACUCCCACACAAGCCUCAGCUGGUUCAUCUCUUCCUCCGUCAAUUGACUUUCAAGAACCGAUUGGGUCUCAGCUUAUCGGUGUUCAUCUCGAACAAGCUACAAAGUGGACAGAAAGAUGCGAAAUUGAGCAGCUGGAGUCCCUCAUAUCAGUUACUGGCCCUACAUCUAUUCUUGGAGCUGAGGAUUCAUUGAAGAUUUCCUCCCCAGUUGAGGUUGUCCAAACCGUGGCACAAAGAAGGGCAUCCAACUCGGCCGUUGAAGCAGACAAAGAAGCCUGUGACCGUCAUCCCUUCGAAAAAAAUUGUGAUGGCAAUGGAGGAUUGAAAAACUUGUAUAGUCAAUUUGAGGUAAUUGUUUCUCCAUUUGAUAAUUGUCACUUUGUGAGAGCAGCUAUUGAAGAAUGCCGAGCAUUGCAAUCCUCAUUCCACAUCUUUAAGUUAUCAUCUCUCAUAGGAUGUCUUGGAUCAUAAUAGUGCAUUCAAUAUAGUUGGCUAUUAUCCUUCAUUGAAUUUUGAGUGUGGACUGAUAAAUUCGGAUUCCUAGCAUUUGAGUUUGCCUCUGGCUACCAUAAUGUUUGAUGUUGCACUUGUUGAGCGAUGGUAUGGGAAAAAGACAGCUGAUGAAGUCUCUGUUCCCCUGAUGAUGUGUUCCAAAUAUGAGGAUGAAUAUAUCAUAGCUGAGCAAAACCCAACAAAGUGGACUUUCACUGAUUCCCCAAAGAUUUUUGUACCGAUAGCUAAUGGUACUGAGGAAAUGGAAGCUAUUAUGGUCAGUGAUAUUCUAUGACGAGUCAAAGCAAUUGUUGUAGCGGCCUCUGUAGAAGACAAGCUAGAAACUAUUGCUUCAUGCAGAGUUAGGUUGGAAGCAGAUGUGCUUUUGAAUGAAGUGGCCAAACUUUUGAAUGACCUAAUAGUUUUGCCUGAUGGACUUGGUGUUGCCCAAGUAUUUGCAAGAUCAGAAGCCUUGUUGAAUCAUGUUCUAGAGGCUCCGAGACUUCAUGAAUGGUUUGAAGAAGCUAUUGAAUUGGAAAUCCUGAUGCUUUGCUUUUGGCUCUGAAAAUGGGAGAAACAGUUUAUGUGGAUAGCGCAAGAUUUGGGAAACUUCUGCCAGACCCAUUUAUUCCCAGCAAUCUGUUCUCUGCUGCUCGUUUGUCUUCUCUUGUUAAUAGUUUAACGGAAACUACCUUCUGUCAGCCACGCUUUCACAUUGUUUGGUCUGUCCUAUUAAACAUUCUAUUACCAGAUAGAGUUUUGCAGGCUACAGCUGCACUGACUAAUUCAAAUUCCUUAAGGAAACAUAACAAGAAUCGCAGGUCUAGCUCUUUUGAUGACAAUAUUGCAAAGAAUUUCCAGUGCAUCUGCGAGGUGAUUAUUGAGGGAUCCCAUCUCUCAUCAUCUCAUGAUCGCAAACACUUGGCCUUUAAUGUUCUACUUCUUCUCCUACUGAGGUUGCCUGCUUCUUAUAUACCAAUUUGUUUGUCUUACAAAGUUGUUCAGUGCAUUUUUGCUACAAUUGCCUUUGCUGUGAUAUUGGUCAGUUUUGUGUUCCUAAGUACUGCAGUUUAUGUCCGCUACAAGUUACGUGACCGCCGUUGCACAGAAAUAGACUUGAAAUCUACAAAGAAUGGUCGCAAUGGUUCUCUUUUCCAGAAAGACAUUUGCAAGACUCAUCAUGUUGCUUCAAUAAUGGUGGCAAGAGAUGUGGCUUCACGAGAGUUUGAUAUCACUCAUGUUGCACAUGUCAUCAAAUUUGACUUUUCAAAAAGCAUAGAUGAUUAUGUUCAUAGGAUUGGUCAUACUGGUAUGGUAGUGGAGUUUGCUCAACAAUCAUUGUACUAUGGUGGAGUCCAAAGCCAAAGGUACGGUAGCAGUAACCUUGACGACCUUGCAUUGAUUCCUCCAAGACGGUUUUCAAAUAAUCUAAUGCGGUCAAGUGAAGCUCUUUUGCUUA